AAGAAAAGAAAAGAAAAGAGAGAGAGAGGAGCUCGAGAGAGUACAGGUCAGAACUCCCACGUGCACUUGGGGGAGCUCAACGCUUUUCUCUUCCUCUACAAACUCUCCCAUACAUACACACACACACAUACCUCUCUCUCUUCCCUCGAUCCCUUCAUCUCCCACUCAACAAGUCAUCUCUCUCUCUCUCUCUCUCAAAAGAAGCUAAAAUCUAGAUUCCUCCUCCUUUAUUAAGAUAGAUAGAUACCGUGUACCACACACAGAAACAGAGGAAACAAGAGAGAACUUCCCGAUCUUGAUUCUUACUUCUUCUUCUUCUUCUUGCUUCUUUCUUGCAAUGGUGGAGCUCCAAGAUCAAGACAUGGGAGAUGGUAUGCAAUGCAUUACACAUCCUUACACAAAGAACCCAGGUGGUAUCUGUGCACUCUGUCUCCAGGAAAAGCUCGGUAAGCUCGUUACUUCCUCCUUCCCUGUCCCAAAAUCCGACCACCUCUCUUCUUCUUCCCCUAAGUCUUUCACUCCGUCCACUACAUCUCUCGCUCUGUCUCUCUCUUCUGGAAGUAACGGAAGAGACUCCACAAACAACAACAAUCUCCCCUUUCUUCUGGCGAAGAAGAAGAAGAGUAUGCUCGCAGCUGCUGCUUCUUCUUCCUCCUCUUCUUCUUCCUCUUCGUCUUCUUCAGCUAAUCUUAUCUACAAGAGAAGCAAAUCGACGGCUUACGGUGAGAGUUUCAGCCAAAGGAAACGAGGUGGUUUUUGGUCUUUUCUUCAUCUCUACUCUUCAAAACAUCAGUUCAGCAGCACCACCACCAAAAAAGUCGAUAACUUUAGCCAUUCAAGGAGAAACCAUAGAACAGAGCCAGGAACAGAGACAUCAAAGAGGGUCGGUGGUGGUGGAGGCAUUGAUGUGAUAGCUGAGGAAGAAGGUGAAACUCCGAACAAAGUGGUUGCAGAAACGCCAACAAAUGGUAUUGGUGGUGGUGGUGGUUCUUCUUUUGGGAGGAAAGUGUUGAGAUCUAGAUCUGUUGGCUGUGGAAGUAGAAGCUUCUCUGGUGAUUUCUUUGAGAGGAUCUCUAAUGGUUUUGGUGAUUGUGCCUUGAGAAGGAUUGAGUCACAGAGGGAAGCCACUAAGGUCAUUAGUAAUGGUGGUGGUGAAGCAGCGGAUGCAAUGAGUGAAAUGGUCAAAUGUGGUGGCAUCUUUGGUGGGUUUAUGAUCAUGACAUCAUCAUCUACACCAUCAUCAACAACAUCUUCAUCAACGGUUGAUCAUCAUCAAAAUCAUAAGAUGGGGAACAGAAGCUGGGGAUGGGCUUUUGCAAGUCCAAUGAGAGCCAAGGCUACUACUAAUCAUAGAGGUCGUACUAUUACAGAGUCUUCAGCUGACAACAAGAACACAUCUCCGAAUUUGGACUCAAUUCCUUCAUUGGUGGCUUUGAAAAGCUAAAGAGAGAGAGAGAGAGAGAGAGAUGCAUUACUAAGUAUUUAGAGAUCUUCAUAUUUCAUUCAUGUGCUUUUUAGUUAGGCUGUUCUUUUGUUCUUUGGACAUUGGUUUGAACUUUUGAUUUCAAUCAGUAAUGUAAUGUCAUACUAGUUUUCUUGUUCAUUUC